UUCAUUUUCGAGAUGUAUAAAACGGCUCGCCUCCGUUCUUCCCAUUGCUUCGGCAGCUCGCCCUGCGUUUCGUCCCUCCUCGCCGCCCUCGUUCAUCAGGCAAAACAUCCAUAAAGACAUGUACCGAAUUGCUUCAUCGCGGCUUGGGUCUAUCAAGAAUCAUGCAGGUGGCACUGUGCUAUUUGAUCAGGCAGCUAGGUAUGCAAGCACAACUGUUGCAAAAAAGUCAUCUGGUGGUUUUUUUAGCUGGCUUACAGGAGAAAAGUCUAGCCAACUUCCCCCGCUAGAUUUUCCACUUCCCAAUGUGGCACUUCCUCCAGCUUUGCCUGAUUAUUUAGAGCCAGGGAAGACAGAAAUUACAACUCUUCCUAAUGGUGUCAAGAUUGCCUCUGAAACAUCACCAAACCCAGCUGUCUCACUAGGGCUCUAUGUUGAUUGUGGUUCUGUGUAUGAAACACCCUUAUCAUCAGGCUCUACACAUCUCUUAGAGCGCAUGGCUUUUAAGAGCACAACAAACAGGAGCCAUUUGCGCGUUGUGCGUGAAGUAGAGGCAAUUGGUGGCAAUGUUACAGCCUCUGCUUCACGCGAACAGAUGGGUUACACUUAUGACGCUCUGAAGACUUAUAUGCCUGAGAUGGUUGAGGUGCUAAUUGAUUGUGUUAGGAAUGCAGUGUUCCUAGAUUGGGAGGUUAAUGAGCAGUUGCAAAAAAUCAAAGCAGAGAUAGGAGAAAUAUCUAACAAUCCCCAGGGUUUGCUCUUGGAGGCUAUUCACUCUGCUGGUUAUUCUGGUGCAUUGGCAAAUCCUCUUAUGGCUACAGAAUCUGCAAUAAACAGGCUAAAUAGUGGUAUUUUAGAGGAGUUUGUUGCAGAGAACUAUACAGCUUCUAGGAUUGUCCUUGCGGCUUCAGGAGUUGAACAUGAAGAGUUGGUAUCCAUUGCCAAACCACUAUUAUCAGACGUUCCCAAAGUACUUCGCCAUGAAGAACCAAAAUCUGUUUAUGUUGGAGGAGACUACCGGUGUCAAGCAGAUUCUGAUAGAACACAUAUUGCACUUGCUUUCGAAGUACCUGGUGGCUGGCGACAGGAUAAAGAUGCAACAACACUUACUGUGCUUCAGAUGCUUAUGGGAGGAGGAGGCUCUUUUUCAGCUGGAGGUCCUGGAAAGGGGAUGUACUCUCGCCUAUAUCUUCGUAUCUUAAAUGAAUUCCAACAAAUUCAAUCGUUUACUGCUUUUAACAGUAUCUACAACGAUACUGGAGUUUUUGGGAUCCAUGCCACCACUAGUCCAGAUUUUGUUUCUACAGCCAUUGAUUUGGCUGUACGAGAACUCCUAGCAAUUGCAACUCCUGGCCAAGUUGAUCAGGUACAACUGGAUCGGGCUAAACAGUCAACCAAGUCUGCGAUAUUGAUGAAUCUGGAAUCAAGAAUGGUGGCAUCUGAAGAUAUUGGUCGACAGAUUUUGACUUAUGGGCAGAGGAAACCAGUAGAGUUUUUCUUAGAAGCUGUCGACAAAAUAACAUUGGAAGACAUUACCUCCCUUUCUCGGAAGAUGAUAGCUUCCCCACUUACAAUGGCAUCUUGGGGAGAUGUAAUCCAUGUUCCAAGUUACGAGUCUAUCAGCCGCAAAUUCCACUCAAAGUGAAUGUUCUACUUGCAUCAGUGAAUCUUUUAGCAGUUUAGAAGCUGCAGAUAGAGCUGCUAUUUCAUCUUGUGAAGGGGCAAUAACAUUGCUCAAUAAUUUAUAGUUGAUCGAUUGCGAUCGUCACUAUUUAAAUUCAUCCAACUUCUUUCUCAAAAGGGCUGAGCCGAAUUCAUGUACUCGUUCUACAUUCUGGAUUUCUUUUCUUUGCUCGUGCUGUUUUUAAUGAAAUUUGAAUCUUGUUUAUUGAGGUCA